AUGUCGGACGGCCGCGACUCCCCGUCGCAAAGCGGUCUACGAGAUCGCGUCUCGUUCUUUGAAAAAGUAUGGAGUGGACAAACUAGCAAUGAUGCAGUAGAUGCAUCUAUCGAUGUUGACGAUAUAGAAAGACGUAUAGAGCAGCGCAAGCGGCGGCCUGAGUCGCCGAAAAUCGAAGUUAAACUCAAACAAACUCGUGACACCGAAUCUCCUACAAAGACUUUUGAGUCCCAUUUUCCCAAUCUGAAUCUACGGCAUGUAGAGCCGUUUCAAGGUGUGGAGCGGUUCGAGCGGCAGGUCGAGGAGGGCGACCUUGCAGCUGGAGUCCGCCUCGUAAAGUUUGAAAGGGUUGUGAAGAGGACUGUCACAGAGACUCGUAGUGAGGAACGGGCGGAGUCACCGCAGCACGAGUGGUAUUCAGAGUAUAAGACACAGACAUGGCAAUCUGCCCCCAGGAAGGAGUACCUGAGGAGCAAAUCGGAAUAUGACUCACACAUCGCUGAAAUCCGCGGUAAGUACAACUCCGACAGAUGA